CAUGGUUGGUCAUGAGUUAUGUAUGCCGGCGAAAAAAAGAGAGAUUGCAUGUUUCGAUCUUGUGCUCAAAGAAACAAAUUGAAAACUGAAGAUGGAAUCUAAAAGAGACUUAAAGGCAGGAAGCGUUUUGCUGACGCCAUUACUCGGGUUAACAUCGCGAAAAAGCGAGAACGAUGCUUCGAACGCGCUUCAUAAUUCCAUGCCGUCGAUUUGCUAUCUUCCUUCGCGAUCGUCGAAGAAUUUGUUGGGGCUGGAAAGAGAGAGCGUUGAAAAUGCCACGGUAUCACUUCAUCAGGCUGCUCGUGAUGGUAAACGGGAACUUGUAGAAAGACGGCUUGAAAAAUUGGGCAAAGGAAACAAGAGGAUAAACAAAAAAGACCAGGAUAACACAACGGCACUACAUUAUGCUGUCCGCUACAAUCACCUUCACAUCGUGAAGUUGUUAAUGGAAUAUGGGGCAGAUGUUGAAGCAAAAGGAGAAGAUGAUGCGACACCCCUUCACUACGCAGCCAGAUUCCGACCAGUCCCCAGAGUGAGUGGAGGUACUCCUCGACCAACACCCCAAGUUACACCUAGCCCUAGUAUGGAGAACAUGAGUGACAUCGGCUUGGCUCUGAAGAAAGACAACAAGAAAAAGGAUGGAGGCAAUGGUAGCCUCAACAAAGGUACAAAGGACAGAUUGCUGGGAUCAUUGAGUAAACACAAGGAGACACUAGGAAAUAAACUGUUUAGCAAAGAUCAUUUGACUGUAGAAAAAAAGAACUCCUUCCCAAGAGAUUUGCCAAGUGUACCUCUUGGGGUAGAGACCAUGAUUUCAUAUUUACUGUCAAGGAAGGCCAAUGUAAAUGCACGAGAUGGCUAUGGUUCCACUCCAUUGCAUUAUGCUGUCGCCAAAGGUAAUCCGGAAGCAGUUGAGGAGUUAUUGGCAGACCCAGGCAUUGAUAUUGAGGCAAAAGAUAAGACGAUGAUGACUCCCCUGCAUGUGGCCUCCAGCCAAGGAUCCCUCGCUGUUGCCAAAUGUCUGAUCAAUGCUGGGGCUGAUUUGAGAAGCUUGGACGAAGAGCAGAUGACACCUUUGCAUUUCGCGUGUAUGGAAGGGAGUCUUGAAGUUGCAAAAUUGUUGUUUGAGACAGCUGCGGAGAAAGGUGGAUGGGCCUUGGUAUCCAAAAUGGUCACAGAUCAGGACCGGGAAGAACAAACGGCUCUUCAUCUUGCUGUGGAGGACGGCGAUCUGAACUUGGCGAAGCUCUGCCUGGACAAGGGAGCAAACGUGAACGCACAUAAGAUGAAUAUGAGUUCUCCACUGCACCUGGCCGCUACAGGGGGAGACUUAAACAUCGUCAAGAUGUUGAUAGAACAUGAUGCGAACAUAGAAGCGAAGAAUUCCUCACAGGAGACUCCCCUGCAUAGAGCAGCCCUGUUCAACAGGGUGGAUAUUGUGGAUUAUCUUCUGAGCAGAGGUGCUUUCAUUGAAUGUCGAGACAAGGAUAAAGAUACACCUUUGCUGAUAGCGGCGAGUAAGAAUCACUCGGAAACGAUGAAAAGGUUGUUGAAUCAUGGUGCAGAUAUCGGAGCAAAAGACAGUAACGAUGAAACUCCAAUUUACAGAGCGGCUUCUGAAGGAUGUAUUGAGGCACUUGAAUUUCUUCUCAAGGAUCGCAAAGGCAAAACUCUGGUUGAGGAGUACGACAAGUACGAGAACACACCCCUGCAUGUAGCUGCCAAAAAGGGUUACGUUAGGAUUGUCCAACUUCUGCUCGAUAAUGGUUGUUGUAUUGACAGUAAGAAUGACGGAUCGUUAACACCGCUCCACUUAGCAGCAAAAUUUGGACGAAUAAGAACUGUGUGUGCACUUCUAAGGAGAGAUAUGUCAAUCAUUAACGAUGAAGAUGAUGCCUCGAAUACUCCACUGCACUUGGCUGCAUUGCACGGAUAUGACAAGGUGGCUAAGGAACUGAUUGAUAGAGGAGCCGCUAUUGAUGCCAGGAACGCCAAUCUUUGGACUCCGCUGGAUUGCGCAGCAGCUAAAGGCUGGGUAGACGCAGCGACUGUACUGUUAGAUGAGAACUGUCCUGUGGACCCGACGGACAAGGCCAAGACCACCCCUCUUCACCUCGCGGCACGUGAAGGUCACGUGGAGAUGGUUAAACUACUGUUGUCGAGGAAGGCCAACAUCACAUUAACAGACAGCGCUGGGCUGAACUGUCUGGAUAUGGCUAUCGAGAAUAAUCACAAGGAAGUGGCACUUGUUAUUAUCCGGCACAAAGAUUGGAAACAGGCCAUGCGCAAUCGGACCAAAGAUGGCACAACCAUUAACACGCCGAUGCGUAAGCUUAUAAAGAAAUUGCCUGAGGUUGCAGAGAAAGUGUUCAACAGAUGCGUCAAACCCAAUGGGUUCCCUGUGGAUCAUCCACAGUACGCCAUUACUUUAAACUACGAGUUUCUUGAUGACGUAAGCCUCGAGUGGGCGGGAUUUUUGACGCCCGAGUCAUCUGACCACGAGGGAUUUGGUGUAGACGCAGUGAUGUACAAGAUUAAAUCGGCAUUGCCAGAGAAUGUAAGCAAACAAGUGGAAAUAAAAAGCAACCACCCUCUGAUGCUUAUGGUCACCAAAGAGCGGGUCAAACUUCUCAGUCACCCUUUAGUCACAUACCUAUUGCGUUACAAGUGGCGCAGCUUCGGUCGCUAUGUGUAUUACGGCCGUCUCAUUCUGUACGGGAUUUUCCUGUUUUUCCUGACUGGUUAUGCUAUGCUUACAACCAAGAGUCUACCGAUCACGCUUUGCAACGACACUCAGUGCACGUGCAACGUGACAUUCUCAGCAAAGACGCCAAGCACAGGAAGUGAAAUUAUGUGGAGAAAGCUUGGUCGUCCGAUGAUUCUCGUUACGACUUCUAUAAGUUUGUUACUAGAGAUCAUUCGGUUCUGUUACAUGUGGAAACUGUACAUACAAUGGAACAGACUAAUAGAAGUGUUUGCAUACGUCUUCUCGAUGAUUUAUAUCGUGGAUGACUUUCGACUGGAUGGAACAAGCUUUACAAUUCUAGAGGGAUCGCGGUGUUUCGUUUGGCAUAGCAGUUUUGGUGCCACGGCCGUUUCCCUGUCCUGGAUUGGACUUGUUCUUUUUAUGCGCAAGUUUCCUAAACUUGGAAUAUACGUGGUUAUGUUUACUGAUAUUUUUAAGACUUUCGCUCAGUUCUUCGUCGUCUGCUUUUUGUUUAUCGUGGCCUUUGGGUUAGGAUUCCACAUCCUUCUCUUCAAUCAGGUACCGUACUCUACACCUGGUCGAGCCAUGCUUAAGACAACAAUGGGGAUGUUAGGCGAAUAUGAGUAUGAUACAGUUUAUAACGAUAACGACGUUCCGCCGGUCACGUGGGCGCUUUAUGUAGCAUUUGUCGUCAUUAACUGUCUUAUUAUCAUGAAUUUACUGGUCGGUUUAGCCGUAGAUGACAUAAAAGGAGUUCAAGAAAAAGCAGUUGUGAAGAGACUAGCAAUGCAGGUCGAUCUUGCUUUAGAUGUGGAGAAAGCUCUUCCGGCCAUUUUCAGGCAGAGGUUUGCCACUACUCAGGAAGAUGUUUAUCCAAAUUCGAACAAGUAUUGGACUAUUUGGUCUUUUUGGAAUCAAAACGUUAGUCCUGCCAGAGCAAUUUAUGAAGCUAUGAACCCUGAGAAGACACCGAUAGAGAAGCUCCAGAAUCAUCAGGAAGCGUUAAAAGAGGAAGUCAUGACCCUCAAAUCGAAACUGAAAACUGUUCUUGAUCACACCACACAACUAGAGGCCAUGAUGAAAGCACUCAUGAAACACCACGCCAUAUCUGUGGAGGAGAAGGAGGAGGGCGAGGAUGACGACUAGAAGUACGCAAUGACUGCUGGGAAAGCGCUUCUUUAGGAAACUUUUUCUUUUUGAGUGUGUGUAUGUUACAAAAAUUUCAACGCCUUUCCUCCAAGGUGGCCAAUAUUCUGUGCACUUGUUUAAGUGAAUUAAGGAAACCCGUGCCUUUUAGGUUACCGUGGUUGCCACAGGCCAAGAGUUACGAUAAAAUAAGAUUUAAGUUAAGGGAAAAGCAGUGAAAUUUAUUUUGAUUACAAGUCAAAGAACCUUGAAUUCAUGGGUCUAUAACUCAUCUCAUGUUCCUGAUUUUAUUAUCUCACCGAGUUCUUACUCUGAAUACGUUAUUUCGAUUGGUUGAAAAUUUAUCAUUGAGAGAAGUAGAUACCUUGAAAUAUGUAGAGAGGCUAGAGGACAGGGAUUGGGUAAUUUUAUUCUUUAUCCGGGAACUUUUUCGUAAAUAAUGAUUUUGGUGACCAGACAAACACUUAAAUGAUCCAAAGCUUCUUCAUCCAAGUGCGUUCUUUGGCUUUCGUUCGCCUUCGAUGAAAUACCCUCGUUAGUAAAUCCAUACAUUCCAUCGCCUUUCUCAAUUCGCAAAAUAGCUCAAUUAAUAUAUUCCCAUUUUUGUAUUAUAAUGUUCAAUUCACAUUAUACAUUAAUUAUAAAAUAUUUAUAAUGCAUCGACUUUCGAAAUUUUGUCGACGCGACAAAUAGUUCCAUUUUUAAAAUCAUCCGAGGGAAGGAAGGGAAACCACAAAACAGAACCCACUGUACUUAAAGGGGAAAUACAGAAAUCAUGUAAAUUUUAUCUUCGCUUUAAAUGGCAUACCUAAAGUUACAUUGAGGACUGCGUUUUGAGAUUCCCAUCGAGAAACUUGACUUUUCAAAAGGUGCUUUCUAAUGCGUUAUGGAUUCUAUGGAAGCUGCCAUUGAGUUUGCUUAGUAACCUAGUCGUUUUAGCUGAGACAGGACAAAGUUUCACUCGUCUCUUUUCCAGCUCUUGGCGCUUUUGACAAUCAUAAGCUACAUAAAAAGACAUUAACUCGGUGACCAGAUCAGAAGCUGUUAGAGGAACAUUUCUACCACGUCAUUCCUAUGCGGCUUGGUUACUGAUUUGUUCACAAAAUGUCAUGUUCAGUUUUGGCACAGCUUGAAGACAACUUUCGAACGAUUUUGGUACUCUUGGGGUCUCGCAACUUGGUCAGAAGUAUAUAAUUUAUCUAUAAUUGAUCAUAGUGGAGAUAGAAAUGUCAUGGGUUUUGGAACACACUUCCCCUUUAACUGCUAGGAAGUAUGGAGUUCAAAAUAAGUCUGAAUUGCAAUUUUCAGUUGGGCUUUGAAGCUAACGCUUUGCUUUUUACAGUUAAACACGAAGGCGCGCUAUAAAUGGAGCCUUAGGUCCCACUGGACCAUUUGUCAAUCAACCGCCGUGUGAUGUA